CAAUUGGAAUGUUUUCUUUUCGCCAUGUAUUUAUCUUAUUUUCUGCUCUCCUGGUCGGCGUCGUUCCUUAACUUCCGUCUCCGGUACUAUAAUCCGCUUAUCCAGUCCCAGUUUUUCAAUCUGAUAUUUGAAACCCAGUUUUCGUUCAACUCUAUCUCCUCCCAAGUUAGCUCCUUUAACUCCCUUUGUAGUCGGCAAGGUUUAGUUUUGCGAACUCCGAGUAGGAAAUGGAUACCAAAGAUGAGAAAGCGAAGAAGGCUCAGGUGGUGGAAGCUCGGGCCAGAAACAUCAGCCACAAUGUACGGUGCACUGAGUGUGGAAGCCAGUCCAUUGAAGACUCUCAGGCAGAUAUCGCCAUUCUCCUAAGAAAGUUAAUCCGGGAUGAAAUCAGUGCUGGAAAAUCGGACAAAGAGAUAUUUCAGAAGCUCCAGGAUGAGUAUGGGGAGACUGUGCUUUAUGCCCCAAAGUUUGACAUGCAGACAGCGGCCUUGUGGUUGUCACCGGUGAUAGUAGCAGGAGGUGCUGCAGGAAUAUGGGCAUACAAGAAUCACAAGCAAAGGACAAAUGUCUACAUAAUGGCUCUCAACCUUGUUAGAGGUGUCGCUUUGACUCCCAAAGAAAAAGCCGCCAUUCUUGAUGUUCUCACUCCUCCUCCUCGUGCUCCAAGAGUGGAUUCUUGGUGGAGAAGAUGGCUCAGACGUUAAUGCUGCUGCUGCCCUCAUCAGUCUCAUGUUCUUCUAAACAUCAUUCUGUUUUGGAAAAAAAUAGACUAACUGAAUAAUUUGCCAGAUGAUUGUCUGUUAGGUUGAGAGUGGACCAUGUCGGAAGAACAUCCUAUAUAUAUGCUUUGAAUUUUACUCGUUUCUUUUCGUUUCA